AUGGAUCAAUCUACUUCCACUUCUUUCAAUGGCCCUGGUCAUAUCACACAACCGUCGAUGGAGGUUGACUCGAUGCCCACCACAGACCAUCUUCCAACUUCCGGUUCAACUCCCAGCACCCUCUCCAGCGCUGCUGAGGGCAGCUCAGCUCCCCUUGUUCCUGCUGUUGUUCCUGAUCCUUCUAUGGCAGUGGAUACAGUAGUUCUCCCACUAAAACGACCUUCAGAGCAUUCGCUGGAACACGUCGCCUGGCGUGACCCCUUGAUGACAAUCGGCGCUGCGAACGACGUUGGGAAAUUCGCGUUCGACUACGUCCACCCCGAGUGGCCAAUUGCAACCGGUAGUGACCGUACCCACAAGCGGCUUUUUAUAGCAGGCCCAGACCAGGAGAAAUUUGAUGAUCAGAGCCUUCAAGCUGCAGCUGACAAGGUUAAGACUAUUUAUAAAGAUAGCGACAAGGCUAUAGCAGUGCCUGCUUUCCUUGAAGCGAAUCUGCAAGCGAUCUAUGCCGCGGUUGAUGACCAUAGGCGUAUGAUUGAGGAUGUGGUACGACCGGUGGUAUCCUCACCAAGUUCGGGAUCUUCUAAUGCUCCUCUUCAGAAUAACUUAAAUCAAAGCCUACAUGAACAGAACAAAGUGCUCGAAGCGGAAUGGAUCCAACUAUUGCAAGCAAAUCUGGCACAUCAGACUGUGAGAGAUAAGGUGCUUGCCGAGGCUGCAAAAGUCGGCCUGAACGCAGAGAAAGCUACUCAAGACGCUAAUAGACUAGCGGAGCAGCUGGCUCAGGAGCUGGCAGCGGUGCAUGAGGCGGCUAAGAAGAAAGACGAGGCACACCGAAAGCAAUUAGAAGAUUUGGUAUGUAACGCCCUUUAUAAGUACGGUGGAAAUAUAUUCAAGUUGUUGGUUUGCAAGCAGUUUACGAAGCUACAAGAAGAGAAUGCAAAGCUCGCUCGGGACGUAGAGAAAGCUACUCAAGACACUAAUAGAUUAGCGGAGCGGCGGGCCCAGGAGCUGGCAGCGGCACAGGAGGCAGCUAAGAAGACAGACGAGGCACACCGAAAGCAGUUAGAUGAUUUGUCUAUGAAGCUACAAGAAGAGAAACGGCUCAGAACCACAGCAGAGAAUGAACGUUCAACCGAACUCAACCGAAACAGGCAAAGGCAACCUCGGAGCCAAUCGUCUUUCCCGAUCCUCAACGACAACGAUGCCGACGACGAAAUGUCUCCGCCUCAACCCACAUCAACGCUCAACUCCUCCACCUCUCAUCGACGCUCUAGCACACAUGCAAAAACCUCCUCGACAACCACCGCUUCAGCACCUUUCACAUCUUCUCCUUCUACUGGUAAUUCGGCCCCACGUACUACUGGAGGCGCUUCAUCGUCGUCCAACGGCACCUCUACCGGUAAUUCAGCCCCGCAUACUACUGAGGGCACUUCAUCGUUCUCCGGGACAUCUUCAUCCUCCACAACGCCUUCUUCAACGUCAAGUGGACCGGGGCCAGGUGCCCCUCCCUUCCCGUCUAAUAUCCCUGGCGAUCCUGCGGCUCUCGUCCAAGAAUUCCUCCGAUAUAUGGCUUCUGCGCCUCAAGGCGCCAUGCAUACCACUACACAUCAUGCUCCCCCGACGGCCACACCCACCCAUCGUAACGCUCGACGUCAACGUGUUGUUCAUACCCCUAGGCCAGGUAGCAAUAACCACAAAAAGGCGCUCAAACAGAAAGCUAAAAGUGAAAUCCCCAAGAAAUUGCAUACGUUGUGGGAUAGGAUGUUGCGUAAGACCUUCCUCGGUUGUACCGCCAUGGAAUGUGUAAGUCACUUCGAGGAGUAUAAUCCCAUUGAAGAUGUUGUGGCAGAUGCCUACAAAAUGGGCAAUGGUUUGGGUCCCGAAGGCGAUAACCAAUUUGGGCUUUUCUUCGGUGAAGGUUGGAAUAGGCAUGCGUGGAAUCGAAAGGUUGUUGACAACCUGGUUUUGCUCGUUCCUGCGCAGAAGCAGAAAUACACGGAAUUGGCACAAUGCGAGAUCUCGGAGGAGGUUCUUCAGACAUGGUUCUGGGUAUUUAUUCGCGACGCUCGUGGAUAUUGGUCACGAUCACGACCACGCGUACACACGUCUGGUAGCAGGUUGGAGACGCGCACUGAAGCAACAGUACGAGCUGAGCGGUACGCGGCAGAUCGGGCUCGACGCGUUAGGGUGACGAACCACAAGCACAAUAAAUACUACAGACGCCUUGAAGGUGCCAUCAACCUCUUGAAGGAAGCCGAUUCCAGCCCUCAUGUUGGCGAAUGGCAAAGGGCCCAGAAUCUUCUCGAACAACUUGAUGCUAAUGCAAUGUCUUCGGAAUGCACUGACGAUGAGGAGGUCUAUGGCCCCAGCCGUGUUCUCGUUGUAUCUACCCCCCAUUUCCGACGUCGAUGCAUUGGUCCUCUCAUGAAGAGCCUUGAUGAAGCAAUCCGUACGCUACCCGACGUCAGCUACAACACGACUCCCAAAACCCUUCCUCGCUCUUGUUAUCACAAUAGUUUUCUCCAGCGGUUGACUCCUCAGGAACUUGGGGAGCUUGAGGUGAAGAAUGUUACUAUUCCGCUUUUUGAUCGAUGGGCUGGCAGGGCGAUGGUCUCAGAUACGGAGGAUGAAGAUGAAGACGACAUGAGUGUCAAGGGGAGUGGUGCGGAAGAAACAUGCCAAAGCCUUCGCCGAACACCCCACAGAAUCCCGCGCAGACGUUUUGAAAUCCUUGACGAAGAGCAAAUCCUCCGCGUUGCUACGGACAUUUCGAAAGUGAAUAAGGACCUUCAGAGUUUUACGAUUGACGCAACAGUAGGAGGAGAUAUGAAUGAGAAUAAUAAGCUUUAUAAGAAGGCGAAGGAGAGGUUGGAUGCUGCAGUCGUUGUGUUUACUACUUGUGCUGGUGAGGAGUUCUUUUCUUUGGCUGCUCUUUGGAGAAUGAGGAUGCUGAUGGAUGGGUUGGCUGUAGGUGCCAGCUUGGGAAUUCUGAGAAAGGCAGAUUUUGAGAUCGCGUUGAUCGAUGAGGCGUCACAGAUUAACGGACCUACUACUUUGAUACCGCUCGUGAAAGGUGUUCGGCAUGCGAUUUCGGACCAUGUGCAGCUGAGACCAACUGUGAAGCCGUUGGGGAAAAUACUGCAGUUCGAUGUUUCGUUGUUGAAGCGGCUGUUUACGAUGGACGAAGAGAUCCAAUAUCGAUUCCCGCAAGAGCUAGCAUUGUCUCCCUUGAACGAGUUUUACCAAGGCCGGUUACGCUCAGGUAUACAGGACAGCGAAAGUGUACUUGGGAUUCUCAGUCGAUCCAAGUUUCCCUGGCCAGUUAACGAGCAGGGCAUUGUCGUGCUAACGGUAUUCUUGGAGUGCGCUAGUGAAGUGGAUAUGGGUGGACGGUCGAAGGGUAAUGUUGGGCAGGUCGAUGUGAUUGAGAAAGUGAUAAAACUUUUGCCUACCGAGAAGGAAAUCGAGGCUGGUGGGCAUGAGGAGACAGGACCUUCGUUUGCGCCUGCGUUGAGCGACCUCAAAAUGUCUUAUCGCCUUACACCAAACAAACGGUUCGACGCUGGGGUCUUGAUUGAGCCCAAACCUGCCUUCCGUUUCGACCCUGCUGGCGAAAAGAAGCUGGCAGAAUUCCGGAAUGAUGUUUGGCCCACCAUCGAGCGAAUGAAUGAAAUUGCACCUCAACAUUCGCGACUUUUCAAAGAAGUGAUUCUAGUCGGGUCACCUUCGAAGCCUUUUACAUACACAGCGAAGAACACAGCGAGGCAUCAAGCUAUCCUUCGCGAUUACGAUCAGGAGAUCGUCAGUGAUAGGACACAGUCCGAAAACUCACCUCUGACAUCCUGGAACCUGGGGUCCACAACGUCUUUCGUGCGUGCAGUCAUCGCCAGUGUUUUGACUCGCACGGUGCAGGAUGAAGAUGAUCUAUUCCAGCAUGGGUGUGAUAGCAGCAUGGAUCCAUAA